CCUGGUUUGGAACACACAAAACCAAACCCCCAGAAGAAGAAAAACUUUAACUUUCGUUCCAAACACAAAUUUUCAAACACAAAAUGGAACACUCUUUAAAAUUCUUUUGGGGGAUGGUUUUGUGCAUAGUUGCAAUGGCUCACCAGACCAUAGCACUUGAAACACUCGAAACUCUUAAAGGACAGAGUUUAAUUCAAAAGGUAUGCACAUUUUCUGCAACCAGAAACCUCUGCAUUGAGGUUCUCUCUUCGGAUCCUUACAAAAGUCCUAAUGCAAACUUGAGAGAUUUGGCAAUCAUUUCCCUUAGGGUUGCUGCCACCAAUGCUUCUGGGAUCCUCGGCGAAACAAAAAUUUUGAUCGACGAUGAUAAGCUCAGUCCUGAUGUCCAACAAGGUUUGUCUGAUUGCAAAGAGACCAUUUUGGACGCAGAGAGCCAGUUGGAGGACUCCAUUGCCGCUAUCAUGGUUGAUUCCAAAGCUGAAACACAACUUUGGCUCAAAGCUGCCUUGGCUGCAAUUGAUACAUGCGAUGCCUCCAUCCCUGGCGACGACGACAUUCUCUCCAUUGAAAGUGUCGCCUUCCGCAAGCUCUGCAACAUUGCCAUCACCGUUACCAAGCUCCUUCUUAAUCCCAUCAAACUCUAAAACCCUUUGCUUCUGCUGCUUUUGCUGUGCAUGCAUCCAUCUCUGUAACUCUUUUCUUCAUCUUUUGCAUCAAAAUCUUAAACUGCAUGUUGUUGCCCUACUUUUUCUUUCUUUAUCUUCUUUGUGCUACAACAUGAAGGCAUUCUUCAACAGAUAAAUAAAUAAGAGUGUUUCAGA